CACACAGACUGUAUCAUAUUCGAAACGUUAUAGGCCUCAGAUGCGUGUGAUGGACACCUGCUACUGACUAGGCCAUGUAAUGCACUCGAACCAGGCCUAUGCCCGCUAAUAGCAUAGCUAAUAGAUAUGCUCAUAACGGUAUAUACUAUGCCAGAUGUUCUGCUGCAUGCUACAGGCUACCCAUUGUAUGUCUGAGAUGGCUCGUGUGAGUGUAUCACGGUGACUAGCAGCCUUCUGAUGUACAUACACUUUAUAUGCACCUAUGUACUCUUUAUGGCACAGCUCCUAAUGAUGUAUUGUACGGAUCGUCAAGAAAUUGUGAUACGCUUUUGCUGGGCUGCCUAAAAACCUCUCAAUAGACUCUUCGUGUGUUUGUGAUGUGCCCAACCCUUUGUUCGACCCAUCACGUCCUUCAGAUUGUCACAUGACUGCAAAACGUCCUUCAAUACAGAAUACAUAGUGAUGUUCACCAGCUAUCUAUACUGAGGAUAGAGAAGGAGACUCGAGAAGUAAAUACAGUAGACUGCUCUGGAGUGUGGUACCCCGCUCCAACCCCGGCCGGACAUGUACUACCAGCAGACUUCAGGUUUACUCCGACUGUCGUGGAGCGUACACAGACAAGAUUACUGGAGGCGCUGCAGCGACAUCCACUAGGUAAGGAGAGUCACACCACAGAGACGGCAUAGCACCAGAACUUCUCAAGCCUUCACUGAUGAGACAUACCCAAAGACAGGGAGACUGACUGGAAGAGUAGGAGACCUGCAAAAUCUUCAAUACUGGAUUCCCCACCUGGCAGGCACUGGUACGCUGGUCGGCGGCUAAUGAGAGCAAUACCUCGUCAGGUGACCUCUGCCCUCCACGCAGACGUCCUCUGGAGCAUGGGCCACACUGGGAAGGGAGUUCGAGUGGCUAUAUUCGACACUGGACUGCCCCAGAACCACCCUCACUUCAGACACGUCCGCGACCGGUCAAACUGGACUGACGAGAAAAGCCUGGAGGACGGGCUCGGCCACGGGACCUUCGUUGCCGGGGUAAUCGCCAGCUCCUCCGAGUGUCUCGGAUUUGCUCCGGACUCUGACCUCUACAUAUUCCGAGUCUUCACAAACAGCCAGGUGUCCUACACCUCCUGGUUCCUCGACGCAUUCAACUACGCCAUACUGAAGAGGAUCAACGUCCUGAACCUCAGUAUUGGGGGACCUGACUUCCUCGACCAGCCCUUUGUCGACAAGGUGUGGGAGUUGACGGCAAAUGGAGUGAUCAUGGUAUCAGCUAUAGGCAACGAUGGACCUCUCUAUGGAACCCUCAACAACCCAGCGGACAUGAUGGACGUAAUUGGAGUCGGUGGAAUCAACUUUGAGGAGGAAGUAGCUCGUUUCUCGUCUCGAGGAAUGACCACAUGGGAGUUGCCAGCAGGUUACGGUCGGGUGAAGCCAGACAUCGUCACCUACGGCUCUGGCGUCCGAGGCUCCGCCCUCCACGGAGGCUGCCGCUCCCUCAGUGGCACCAGCGUGGCUUCCCCUGUCGUCGCGGGCGCCGUGACGCUUCUCCUCGGGGCCGUCGACCACGCCCACAUCAACCCUGCCAGCAUGAAACAAGCACUGAUGGACUCGGCCCAGCGACUGGGCGGGGCUAACAUAUUUGAGCAGGGGAGCGGGAAACUCGACCUCCUGAGGGCAUUCCACAUGCUCAACACCUACAAACCACAAGCAACGUUGAGUCCCGGUGUGAUAGACUUCACAGACUGUCCCUACUUCUGGCCCUACUGUUCCCAGCCAAUGUACUACGCAGCACUCCCAGUCACAGUCAACGUGACUCUUCUGAAUGGUAUGGGAGUGACUGGAAGAAUUGUAGGCAAGCCCACCUGGCACCCUUACCUCCAGCACAACGGCCAGUUCCUGGAGGUGUCGGUCUCCUACCCCUCCACCCUGUGGCCUUGGUCCGGGUAUCUCGCUGUCUCCCUCGCCGUGGCCAGAGAGGGGCGGAGCUUCACCGGAGUGGCUCAGGGGCACCUUACUCUUACCAUCUCCUCUCCCACGAGCUCUAGUUCAGGAGGAGAGACGCUCCAAUCCCAGGUCCACCUCCCCAUCAAGGUGUCGGUCGUUCCGACUCCGCCUCGUCACCGCCGCAUACUCUGGGACCAGUUCCACAACCUCCGCUACCCGGCCGGCUACUUCCCUCGAGACAAUCUCAGGAUGAAGAACGAUCCUCUGGACUGGAAUGGAGAUCACGUCCACACCAACUUUAGAGACAUGUACAACAGUCUUCGCAGCAACGGCUACUUUGUGGAGGUCCUUGGAAGCCCGUUCACCUGUUUCGAUGCCACUCAAUACGGUGCCUUACUACUGGUAGACAGUGAAGAGGAGUUCUUCCCAGACGAAAUAUCAAAACUGAAACUGGACGUGGAGGAGAGGGGGCUGUCCCUGGUCGUUUUUGCCGAUUGGUACAACAGCGAGGUGAUGAAGAAGAUAAAGUUUUAUGACGAGAACACACGGCAAUGGUGGAUGCCUGACACGGGUUUGUUGUGUGGUUGGGAGAAGAGAGAAAGAUACAGUUUACGUACAUGUAUAUACUUCUAAAGGGGGACACAUAAUUAUGCAAAAACACUGAAACAUCGUAUUCGCUUCCCAACUACAGGUUCAUUAAAAAUUAUGUAUGCCCCCUAUGCAGGAGGGGCCAAUGUCCCGGCAUUGAAUGAUCUCCUGUCACCCUGGGCAUUGCCUUCAGCUCAGAGGUCCUGGAGGGGGAGAUGACAGUCAGCGAUCACAAGAUCCACUUUGCCUCGGGCACUGCCAUUGCACGGUUCCCUCAGGACGGCUCUCUCCUGGCCAGAGACCUCAACGAUCAAGGGUCAGAGGUGGUGAACGGAGGAACAACUGAACUGCAAGACGUCCCUAUUCUAGGCCUUUACCAGACUCCCAAUGAUGGUGGGAAGAUAGCAGUUUAUGGAGACUCCAACUGUCUGGACAGUGCACACAUGCUGAGAGACUGUUUCUGGUUGCUGGAUACUCUCCUGCAACACGUCACCUCUUCCUCCUCCCCUCCCUCCCUCACCUUCUCCCAACACAUCAGAACUCCUCCCACCUCUCUGCCCCAGCGUAUGGAAGGCAACAGGCUCCACCUCUACUCCCGAGUGUUGGAUCCCCAAGACUCCGCCCGGACACGCCUCCCUCCACCCUGCCCACACCUAAUCUGGGCCAAACCCCGCCCGAUUAAUUCAUCUGUACCCAGCAAUCUUUUGAUGCCAAGAAAUCCCAUGUAUAAUCCCAGUGAGGGAGACUCGGAGUUUGAGAGUGUUAUGUUGGAGGGGAAAAGAGGGGAGGGGCCAGAGGGCGGGGCCAAUUUCCUGCUCCUGGGUGUGGCGGCAGUUCUGGUGUUCCUGGUUUGGUGGACUUGCCGCCGACGUCCUCGCAAGAAGGCGAGGUCCCGCACCCGGAGAUCACUCAUAGCAAAAUUUCCUGUAGUCUGACAAGAUUUUUUUUUUAUAGACACACACAACAAUCUUUGCCAUCUUUCAUCUUAUUUAUCACUGCACUGUCUGUAUAUGCACAAUAAUGGGAAUCAUGUAUAGUCGCUUCGUCUACUACUGCGCAUGCGCAUAAGGGAAGACCGCAAGAUAGAUGGCGGGAAAUUAGAACCGCGCGCGACCUUGUCAAGGAACAGUGUGUGCGUGGUGGUUGCACCGCUGAUGUCUCUAGCAGCGGCGGACCCCGCUGCUCCUGCCGCCAGUAGUGGUCGCAGGAGAAGAGCCAGAGGCGUCAGGGCCACGCCGUACUCCACCAGUGGACGGAGAAGAGACGCACAAGUGGCACCUUCAACCGACUUUCUCUGGGAUUUUACACCGACCACCAAUCAACUAGAGUUCAUGAAAGACGCAGUUGACAAGACGUGGCACCUCCAUCACGUGUCUCCUCUCUGGCAGCUCUCCACCACCCCCUCGGCUCUCUCUGAACACUCUCACUCUCUCUCCUCCCUCCUCUCUCAGGUUUCAAGGGUCCCCAAUGAACUAAAGACGUCUGUGAAAGUAGUCAAAUCAAUUGGGUUAGAUGGUUCUGACGGCUUGAAAAUCAGUGCCACGAAGAAUGUCAAAAACAAAGAUGUGGUGAUGCUGGAGGCCUUCCUCUGUCGUCUAGGUCGAGUGGACCGGGUCCAGUCAGGGUUCACGUCCCUCCCUCUCCUCCUCUCCCGCGGUCCCCAGACCCUCUCCUCCCAGCUACACCUCUGGCUCCAGACCUCGUUUGACUGCCACGUCAGUCCCCACACACUAGACGCUCAGGACCUCUCACUGCUGGUGGGACAGUUUGCCACCGCUGAGAAGACUAGUGGGCGUGGUUUGGGUGGGGUUCAAAUGGUGUACAAGACCACACCCACCGUCACCCAACAAGGUCUGUCAACGGUGAGUGUGGCGCUACCCUACAGCUCUGUGGUGGGUGCCUGGGAGAGAGCUGGAGACACCGACACAUCACGGAGGACUGGAUUUGUGGAGGUACUAGAGCAGCAUGUGAAAAGACAACUUGGACUCAAACUUCAGACAAUGUCACUGCUGAGAGUUUCAACUCCUGUGCUUCAUGCAGAGGCCACCGGCAGAAUCAAGUUUACAACAGAAGAGCCUAUCAUUCAAGUUCUGUCAGUGCUACAAUCGAGACACUUCUGACUACAAAACCCACGCAGAGACAAAGAAACUGCACUCUCGUGCAACAGCAAUUUCACUGACAAAUUUCAUUAAAUUGGCUCGACAAAAACACAAUAAUUGUGAAAAACGGGGAAUUCUAUAUGCAUGGCCUAACCUAAACUAGUAGAGUUAUUGUUGCCUAAAUACCUGGCCACUCGACUCAGUUCUGCUUUUUGGCUUUCUUUGUCUCUCUUCUGACAAUGUUGUAGAACAGGGUGAUGUAGACACACCCCACCAGUCGAAACAACCCCAGACACACAACCUGCACUGAUAAGUGUUGCCCAGUGGUAGACUGGGCUCAUCCCAGUUGCUAUGACUCCCAGGAGAAAACCGUCAAAGCCGUGGGUUAUGAGGAACUUUCCUCUCUCGAUGCCGCGACAGAUGUCCCUAGCCACACUCUCUGCUUUGAACACACUGCCAAAGCCUGCCUGAGCCUUCACUAUGGGCGAUCUCUGUCCCAGCUCCCCCUGUAGCAUGGGAGUGUCGGUGUCAGGCGGGAAGGACACGCUGACUCGUAUGUUGUGGACCUUCAGCUCCAUGUCCAGUACUUCCGCCA